AUGUUGCAAGAUAUAGAUGCUAUGAUGGAAAAGAAAAAGAGCAUUCCUUUCGACCCUAAAGUUAAUUUCAGUUUGAAUAUCAUUUUAGCGCAAGUUGCUCCUCAUUUCUACACUGAUGAAGAGUUAUCACAAAUUGAAGAACUAUAUCAAAGUGUUUUCCAAGAAACAAAGUCACCUUUUAUUUCACAAAAUACUAUGAAAAAAGAGAAAAUGGAUAAUAACAAGAAGAGACAUCGUUCAAGUGAUGAAGGUAGCAUGUCUUGUGGAGAAAGAAGAGUGAAACCAAAGACCAUAAAGGAAAAAGAAUCAUCACAAUCACCAAAAUUGCCUAUCCAUAUCAUGGAAAAGAUCACAAAGUUGAAUGGUACUAAUGUAAGGUAUGUUAUGUGCAAGAAGUUGUUUAAAACCGAUCUCAACGUAAAUAACAAUCGUCUUUCAAUGCCACUUAAAAAAAUCAAAUGUGAUUUUCUUACUGAGAUAGAGAACAAUAUAUUGGAUACAAAGAAAGAAGAUAAACCUCUUGGGUUGGAAGUGAUUGUGUUGGAUCCUUCGUUUAGAGAAUUCACUAUGUCUUUGAAAUUGUGGAAGAUGCCCAAAAAAUCGAAGAUGCACUCGACUUGUGUUUAUAAUCUUAUUAAGAAUUGGAGGUUUCUUGUGUCGCAAAAUAAUUUCAAAGAGGAUCAAGAACUCAACAUUUGGUCAUUUAGGGUCAAUGGCAAACUACACUUCUUACUCGACGAUUAG